GUUUCAGCAGCAGAUAUGGUUUACGGGGUUACUGCAUUGCUUGAAUCAUUCAUGCAAUCGGACGGCACGUGUGCUCCGAAGCAGUUCGGGAUGGCAUACGAUGCUCUGUCACUAGGUAAUCUCGAUAAGCUGAAAUCUGGAAUGCAACAAGCAAUCAAGAUACGAAGAGCUAUUCUUAGGCAAGGAAGUGCUGCAAUAACGACGAGUGGCUGCAUCAGGAGUGGGAGAAAGUUUAGGUGGGUGAAGCUUGAAGAUUCAGUAGACACCAAGCUGUUGGGUCAACCCCAGGCUCUGACUAAGUUCUGUUACUUUCUAAUGGAUGCCUUGAAGGAGAAAGGAGCUAAGUUGAAGCCUUUGCUUUGUGCCUGCAUAUUGCAAGAUUCCUCUAAGGUGUUGAUUGUUGGGGUCUGCGGGAAGCCUCAUCUCGGUGCACUUAAAGGGAAUUCAGUCGGUCUUGCAUUCAGGAACGCGGCCGAGGAAACAUGAGCUGAAUUCUUCCAUGAGCUGUUUGAAUCUUCAUGGAUUGUGUUGGAUGCAGGUGUUGUUAAUUCCUUCAUGGUCAAACUAACUGAACAGCUUUGAUGUAAAGCUUUCAAUAGUAGGGCAAUUGUAACUUUGCUUUGUCAAAAUGAAAACAUUUGUUCAUUAAUU